AUGGAGCCCCAAGAUGUGGCCCAGCCCGAUAACUUCGCUCCGAUCCUCCUCCACUCGGGGGUUUUGGAUGCAAGGGGCAUUGCCGAAUUGCUUCGGGAUGCUGAUGGCAGGACCUACUCAGCAGCCCGGGCCGCCCGAGAGGACCCAAGCAUCUCGAUCCGUCUAGGUCACGACGGCGUGUACGUCGGGUGUAACCACGACGGCAAUGGCGCGGCUGAGGCGUCUUCGCUGCGAGCAGAGGAUCGUUGUUGUCACUUCUAUCCCCAUUCCACCGGGGAGCCAGACCAAGGUACGCGGCGACGCUACAGCAUCAUCACGCAGCUACAGGCCAUCCAUGGGACAGUUUUGCUGUUUCUGAACAACCUCUGUUCCAUCAACAUCGCCAUCCUGGACGAGCGCAAGCAACGAGUCUGGUCGCGGGAGGCACACCUCAACAGAGGCAUUCUCGGCAAUUUGGCUAUGCUUCGCACCGAAGAGUCUAAGAUCACGCCUCCGCCCAAGACAACGAUCACGAGCCGGUUCCACGUCGUUUCGUAUAUCCCCUCAGGCGUGUCAGGCCAUGGCAAGCAGCCGAUUGGCAGCGACCCGAAGCGGUUGGUUGAUUCUUUUUCGACGCGAGUCACCCUCGCAUUCCCAAUAGAUGAAAACGGAGACCCUGGGAUGGAGAAGCAGGACUUGUAUGUGGUCACUCCCAUCCGGAAAGGACCUUUCAAUUUCUUGAUGGACACCAAAAUCCCUCGCUCUGCCGAUGGCGAUAUCUUCUCGUACAGCUCGGGAGAGGGGAUGUUCCGACAGGCCAUCGUGGACGUUAUCAUCACGGCCAUCCAGCAGCUCUGCAGGCAUACCACACUCCGGUACAAGUGGAUGCGUUAUCUUCCUAACCAGGCAGCUCUUCGCGGAGAUCCAUUUUGGAGACAAGACACAACGUCAAUUGCUGACGCGUUAAGCCGAUUUCCCUUGCUUUGGACCGACAGUGGCGCCAGUCAUGGACAACUGUGCAGAAUUUCCCAGCUGCGCAGGCUUGGCGAGGACGAGGUCGACGUUGACGGCCGUCCUCUGUUCCCAGACCUACCAGAAGAGCCGAUUUAUCCAUCCGUCAAGUAUGAGCGCAGAGAUGUUGAUAUUCUCGCUGAGUACGGCCUCGCAGCGGCGCAAACCCAGGAUCUCAUACCAAGGCUGCGGGCUCUCACAGAGCGUGAGGCCUGGAACGUCAAAUUCUACCAGAAUCGUGAUGAGGACUGGCACUCGCGCGUGGCUCGGUGGGUGCUCGGCGCUUGGGAAGACCGACUCGAGGAUUGGAAAGAUGCCCUCAAGACGAUGCGGCUUUUGCCCCUCGCUUCUAGGCAAUUGCUGGCUCCGGCCAAUGUCAGCUCAAAGGUCUACUUUCCGGAUAUCGACGGGAUACCCAUUCCGCCAGAUGUUUCUCUUGUCAUGAUACAUCCCGCGGCAGCCGCCAAUCCCGAUUGUCGGAAGCUGUACCAAGCGCUGGGCGUCGUCUCCGCGGACCCUGCAACAGUUAGAGCACUGCUCUCACCCAAGAACACGUCUGCGCGGCAGACAUCGGGUCCUCCAUCAGCUCCAGAAGUUGCAGUUCCGGACACUCACGUUGAAUAUCUGUAUCUCAUGCACACCGGAGACGGCAUGUUCGACAAUGACACCGGCGACCUCACCACCGAGUGGCUCUACAUCGCCAAAGACCAGCCGGAACGGCUCCUCUCACGUCUUUACAACGACUAUUGCCACCCUGCGGGCCGGAAAGGAUGGCAAGCCAGCGAAGACAAAACAAGCGUCAUUCGACAGACAGAAGUUACAUGCUCAAGCGGCGUCAGCCGAUUUGUUUGUGAGACAUAUCUCCCUUUGCCUUCGCUGCUGAGGCGAUGUGCGAACUGGCUAUCGGGCGACCCAGACAAAACACUGCCUUUCCUGAAAUCGGAAAAGCCACUGACGGAGCUCGCGUGCAAAGAAGAAGCGUGGACUAAACUUGGUAUGAAUUUCGACAUUUUCACUGAAGACAACCUGUUCUUCACCCUUGAAGUUCUUGAAGCCGUCAUGGCGGAGGAUGUGCGGCCUAAAGAAACACUAACGCAGACGGUUAUUGCUAUUUACCUGAGACUGCUUGAGCAAUGCGACGACUUUGUGGGAGCUGAAGAAGAAAAUAACGGGUUCCGACGCGUAAGAUCUUGGUUUUCUGACAAUCCAGGGGUUCUCUGCACGCCCAAAGUGGGAGGUCCGGACGACGACGCUUCUUCUGUCAUUCCAGAAUGGACGUUCCCAUCAGCUUGCAGGUGGAGUGUCUCCUCAUUCUCGACGUCGAGCGCCGAGUGGACGUUGAAGGAUGUCUGGGACCCGGUUCUUGAAAGUCUUCAGCCAGAGGACCGCCAGAAAUUGGAGCAUUUCUUCCGCGACGUGCUGAGGAUUUGGAACGUUGCUUACGUCGACAUAAAGACACCCCUAGACUCUUUAACCUCGUUGGCUCAGCCUCGGUUCAGGUUCAACCACCCCGAUGCAGAGACAAGAGCGUAUCACAUGUACACCGAACUCAAGCAGCUUGCCCAGGGAGCAGACGAACCGGCCCUCAAUCUUAUCAGGAACACCUUUAAAGACAAACCACUCAUCUAUGUGAACUCUAAGGCAGUUACAGGGAAUCCGUGGUUCAGGGCAUCCGAGUGCGUGUGGGCGAGUGAUGUCGCCGCAGCCCUAGACAUGCCAUGCCUCGAACCAACGUACCGCGACUUGUCAAGCUUGUUUAUGGAGGUUCUCCAAAUAUCUAGUCUAGGCUUUUCGCAGAUCCUCCAACAACUCGCCACGAUUCGAAGAAGCAAGGCCGAUCUCUCGGUCAACCAAGCGAAAUUGCUCCUCGAGUCUAUCAAUGAUCUUAUGCUAGCGCUACCGGGCGAGUCCAAUACCGCAGAGCAUCGAAUUUCCCAGUCGAGCAUGGAGGUCUUGAGAAUAGAGUUGCGAGACGUUCGUGUCUUUCCCGUUCGCAUGCGGGACGGGCCAGUACAGCUCCUGACGGCAAACGACAACUUUGCCAUCUCGGAUGAAUAUACCUGCGAGGAAAUGGUUCGAGGCAAGAUGGACAUACUUGAUUUCGACGUUGACACGGUAAGGCGUCUCGAUCCGCUUCUCCGAGCUACCGGCUUGGCAGAAAAGUACAUGUCACAGUCCAUCUACGUGACGGGUCAGGCUUCUAUAUACAGAAUAUUCGAGUUGGAUCAGACGCUCUCCUCUACCAUAUGCCGCAGAGCUGCCGUUUGGACAAGCAUCGCGGCCCAUUACAACAGUCCUCGUGUAUCUGGGGGGACAUCCGAGCUUCGUGAUACCCUUAGCAACUUGAGAGUCUUCAAUUUCAUCAAGCCAAUGCCAGCAUCGGUCUUGGCUCGGAGCGAGGCCGAAACCGAUAGCCCGCUUCGCAUAGAAGAGGCCGUUAGCGGCAAGCUGAGGAUUUAUAUCCCCGCGGCCUCGGAGUACUUUGACGACAGAGAAUACUGUCUCGCCUCACGACUUCCGCUGGAGCUUGCGGCGUAUCUGAUGAAGUGCAAGCCCAGUAUAGUCGAUCCCCGGAUCGUAUGCACCGUUGGGAGCGUCCUCCAAGUCCAGCCCAAGACGGCCCUCCGAAUCCUCCGCGACAAGGCGAUUCCCUUUCUAGGCCCAGCGUUUGAUGAAGCCGCUCUGAUGGCCGAUCAAUCGAAUCCUCGUAUGAGCGUGGCUCCGAAGAAGAAGAUCAAGCCUCGCGUCCGGCUUCCGCCAGCCGCCACGACGCCGAAACUGCCCAAAGACAAGGCGUCAGUCCCGCCGAACCCGAGUGAUUCUCAGAGCAAAGAUGCAUUGCCCCCGCGGGAUUCUCCUCUAAGUCUGGACGACUUACUCGGAAUGCCUUACCCGCCUCGAGUUGUUUCGACACGGCAAAAUCAUGAUCUAACAGCAGACCCAGCAUACGUCCACCUUCUCGAGCACGUUGUUGCAAAGGCCCGCGUCGCGCAGUUGCCGUACGAGAGCGCUGCCUUUGACAUGUCAACACUCCUUGAUGUGGUAGAUAACAAGUCGACAACAGAAAAGGCAUUUUCUUUUGUCACCGACGACCAAACUGACUGGCAACGUAUGGUCGGCGCGGCGGGUGAACUCUUUACAUUCGAGCUCCUCUUGGGACUCAAGCCGAAGCUCCCUGACUUCUCAAGGGAUAACUGGGAGAGCGUAGUGCGCCACUUCGCCGCAGCGCACCCAGAGUAUGAGAAACUGACCAAGAACUAUGUUCCCGAGCAGUCGGACAUCUUCUAUCGGGAUUCAAAUAGUGUGUUGACUGCGGCGUUCAUCGAACGGGGCUACCUUGAUGAGACCUGGCGCGGCUCCACGCCAGAUUACUACAUUGAGGUCAAGGCCACCAUGCGGAAUCUUGAGAAGUCGUUCUAUAUGAGCAGUUAUCAAUUCGAUCAGAUGAAAUCCAUUAAAGAAAGCCAGGAAUAUCGACAGAAGAAACAGCUGUAUGUCAUUUUCCGCGUGUACGGGCUGAACUCUGGCCACGUCGGCGUCAAGGUGUACGCCGACCCUCUUCGGGCUAAAGAGGAGGAGAGAUUGGAUUUCGAAUUGACAAACGGAAGUUGGACGGUCACGCCGCAAACAUCACGGACGCAUCCAGCACCACAAACACCGGGUCUCUCUACGUGGGCGCCCGUCGGCGGAACAGGUUCAACGUUCGAUUUUGGAGGGGCUUCCGUUGUGUUUGGACAGUCACCUGGUUCUUUAUAA